AUGGCUUUAAAGCGGAUCUCUAAGGAGCUAACGGACCUGUCAAAAGACCCUCCCGCUCAGUGCUCAGCUGGACCAGUGGGAGAAGACAUGUUCCAUUGGCAGGCCACUAUAAUGGGUCCGCCUGACAGUCCUUAUCAAGGAGGGGUCUUCUUCCUCACCAUUCACUUCCCCACAGACUACCCCUUCAAACCACCCAAGAAUAUCAUCAACCUGCAGGACGAGGGCGUGGGGAGUGGGACUAAAGGCAACGACUGA